GAGCUGCCAAUCUGUGUUGUAAUCCUGCAGGAAUUUCUGCUGGGCUUAACUGCGAGCCGCGCCGCUGCCGCCCCGCACUCGGGGCGGAGGGACGGCGCCGGAGCCGGCACCGCGCAGCAGCAGCAGCCGCCCGGGAGCCCCAGCGCCGCGCGAGCCUCGGCCGGCGGCGGAGCGGCGCGGGCGCGGAGCGGGCCGCAGGGCGCCCACCUGGGCGCUGCCGAGCGGCGCAGCCCCGCUUUCCCUUUGUGCUCGGCCCCGGCCCCGCGGAAUAAUGCGGGGCGUGUGGCUAGCGCUCACCGUCAGCUUCGUGGCCUGCGCCUCCGGGCAGCCGAGAGCAGAUUUGACCUCUGAUAAAGAUUUAUACCUUGACAACAGCUCUGUUGAAGAAGCAUCAGGCGUCUAUCCAAUUGAUGAUGAUGAUUAUUCUUCUGGGUCAGGUUCAGAAGCUGGUGACUUUGUAAACUUCAGGAAAGGAGACUGGCCGACAAUAAAGAGAGGUGCGGAAGAAGAUGAGGACAGUGCAGUGAUAACAACAUCCAGAACGCUUCCAAAGAUACCAACAACUAGUGAUGCAUCGAGAGCUGAGACAACCACAAUGAAAAUGCAGACUAAGAUGCCAGCACAAACAAAGUCACCUGAAGAAAUUGAUAAAGAGGAAAGAUCUGAGACAGAUGCCAAGAAAAAUAGUGAUGAGCCAGGAGAUGACACUGACGUGUUCACUGAGAAGCAUUCAGAAAAUCUUUUUCAGAGAACAGAAGUUCUGGCAGCUGUUAUUGCUGGUGGAGUUAUUGGUUUUCUUUUCGCAAUCUUCCUUAUCCUGCUGCUGGUAUAUCGCAUGAGAAAAAAGGAUGAAGGCAGCUACGAUCUUGGUGAACGUAAACCAUCUAGUGCUGCCUAUCAAAAGGCACCUACUAAGGAGUUUUAUGCAUAAAAUUCCUAUUUAGUGUCUCUAUUUAUGAGAUCACUGAACUUUUUUAAAUAAAGCUUUUGCAUAGAAUAAUGAAGAUUUUUUUGGUUUUUUCAUUCAAGAGCCAUUAUGGCACCUUUAUGAUAAAAAAUCCCAUUGUAUUUAAAACUUUUCAUGUAUUCCUUUAAAAAUGUAAAAUUAGGACUUAACAUUUGCAGUGUUCUGUGAAUAACAGUGGCAAAGCAUUAUUUUAUAAAACCAUUGAUGUUCACUGAAUCAUUUUUAAAACUUUAUGCAUAAAUAUAAAAUAAUGAAAAUGAUUGUUUUAUCCUAUGGUUCAAUGAAAGUUGUUUAAUUUUUGUCAGCAUGUCUCAGAUUGAUCUUACAAGUUAGUUUUUAUUUCAUUAAUUUAUCUGUUUCCAAAAAAAAUGCCUUUUGUAGUUGUCAUGGUGCAAUUUGUCUUCGGAUAAUUCAGAUAACAGUAACUUUUAGUGUAAAUGUAAUUUUUCAGCUAUGUAAACUUUAACCUCCACUUUGUAUAAAUUUAAGUGUCAGAAUAUCAAUUUUACACUUUGCAUUGUUCCUCAGCGUACCUGUAGCUUCAGUGAGAUUUGUAACAGCAAAUUAAUGUGUAAAAUUGGAUUAUUACUACAAACUGUAUAGUCGUAUUCUUACUAAACAAAUCUUCUGUAAGGAAGAUUUGAAGUAAGCUACUGACAAACCUAAGCAAACCCAAAGACUCUAACAGUAUUUUGAGAAGUUGCUGCAGAUUUCUAUGGCCACUGUAUUUGUUAAUUAUUUGCAAUUUGAAGGUACAAGUAGGGGUUUAAAUUUUUGUUCUUUAAAAAUGCAUUUAAGUUGUAAACGUCUUUUAAAGCCUUUGAAGUGCCUAUGAUUAUAUGUAACUUGUCGCAGACUGGUGUUAAUGAGUAUAUAACAGUAAAAGAAAAUGUUGGUAUUUUAUAAGCACAGACAAUUCUAAUGGUAACUUUUGUAGUCUUACAUGGAUAGACAUAAUUGUAAUUUGGGAACAUAAACACUACUGAAUAAAUCAUGUGGCCUAAUACUGAGAAUUCCAUUGUGAUAUACUUUUGUACGUUUUUCAUUUUAUGACUACUUGGUUAUGUUUUAAUGUCACAAAUUACAUCUAUUAGAUCUUAGAAAUCAAGACCAAAAGAAAGAAAAAAGCUGUUCAUAAGGCUGAUUCUUGGACCAGAUUUAUUGCUGAAAUGGCAGGGAAAACCUGGGGUGUUUAAGUGUUACAUCUGGUGUAUGAAUUAUGAGUCAUUAAACCUUUGCAUUAUAUUUAAUGGCAGAAUUGACACAAACCUGUUCUUCCUGCAAGCUGUUUUCAGUGCUGUAAAAUUCAAAGGAGUACCAGUCUAAUUUAUUAUGUAUAUCAGUUCUUGAUUUUGUUGUUUGGGUUUGUUUUCCCCUACCUUUUGGAGAAUUUUGUUUUAUUCUGCUCGGACUCCAGCAGAAGAACUGAGACAAGUGGAAUCUAUCUUCAUAAGAGAAGAAAGAAAUAUUCCAAGUAGAAGAGAAAAGGCUCUGUUGCUUAGACCACAGAUAGGUAUUGGAUAGAGGGACAUGUGGAGAAGAUGAUAGUCUGCCUCCCUACAUUAUGCUUUGUAAGACAAAUGGCUUUGUCUUCUGGUCUGUUAAUUCUCACUUUUCUGAUUUUGAAAUUUCCAAAAUAGCUGUUCAGAAUGUCAAAUCGAACUGGUUCUCAGAAAUAGCAAUGUAUUGUAAAUAAGAUCUGGUAGCUCUUCGGAUAGGAGUUGCAUAACUUGUAUUUGUUGCUGUCCCAAAUUCAGUGGUCAUUUAGGAAAAAUGAAAGCUAUCCUGCGCUAAAAUAUUUAAUAUAUUGCUUUUUAAAUUACUUACAUUUACUGGCAGUUUUUUAAAGCCAUACAAGUUCAUCAAGUAAAAACAGGGUAAGAAUUUAACAGGUAUAUCUUAUUGUGCAAUAUUUAGUGAAAUUCAAUUAGUAAAAUAACUGCUUGAAAUAACUGUGCCAAGAAAAGAAAAUUUCUGGCAAAUGCUGUGCCACUGCUGUAAAAUAAAGCAUUUGUUAAAGUGCCAAAAUAAAGUCUACCAUGCCUAAACUAAUACUUUA